AUGUGGCUCUUCCAAAACAUGCUCCAUGACGGCAAACAUGCUUCAUCGCAGUUUGGCGCCACUUGUCUCGGCAGGCAAACAGGCUGGGCAUCCGUCGAUGCGAAGUUCGUGUUUCGAAUCUCACAGCAAGGUGUUUGUCAGACUGGUACGACAAUUUCCUCAUCUGCAAGCCGUCGCGUCCAGGGACGAAUAGCCAACCUCAGGCUGCGUGGACGACUGGGCUUCUCCACUCUGUAUUUCGGUACAGUCACAAAAAGGGGACGGUGCAAAGCAUAA